AUGGACGCUGGAGGCGAAAGGAACGUUGUAGAAGCUGCACGUGAUGAUUCAGAAGAACUUGAUCUCAACCUAGGGCAUCGCUUUCUCGAUUCUCUUCCAAAUGAUAUUCACGUCUUGAACAACGUGCCCGAUGUCUUGAAAAUCACGCGUUUAAAUCUGGCUGGAAACAUUAUUUCUGUCCUUCCUGAUUCUAUAGGGAACUUUGUUAAUCUCAAAGAAAUCGAUAUAUCGGGAAAUGGCUUGGCCUACAUCACGCCUCGAGUUGGAGAACUUCGCCAGCUCAAGACCUUUAUGGCACGGAAUAACAAUUUGGAUGAAUUGCCUAAAGAAUUUGCUCAACUUUUAGCUUUGGAAAAUCUCAAUUUAAGUGGCAACAGGUUUGAGUCAUUCAUGCCUCAACUUUUUGAGCUGGUUUCCCUGAGAACGCUGUACUUCGGAGGCAAUAGGAUCGAUGUAAUUCCGCCGGAUAUUCAAAAUCUUCAAAGGUAGGUUUUGUUUCAGUGAACUACUAAAACAUUACUGUUGUGGUCAUCAUUAAGCUUUUAUAUAAGCUUACGAGUGGCCAGUUAGUGUAAAGCGAUUAUCGGUCAGAAAACCGCUUACAGAACUUUAGAACUAACGUCAUUCUUUAAUUUUUGUCUGAGGUGAUUAUAGUUUUAUACGUGCAGUUGAAGUUAAAUGAAUUUGAUAAGGCUCGCGCGCUGGUCAGAUGUUAUAUCAUUAUUUUCACGUCUGAUUGCAUAUGUAAAUAACUUUGGUCGACUGCUAACUUUGGCAUCUAGUUAGACUCAUUGGCGUAAAUUAAAUAAAUUGUCAAGAAUGACACUUUCCCUUUCAUAUUGCCAGGAUAUUCUGCAUUGGAAAAUUAGUAAGAUUUCCUGAAAAUGGACUAUUAGUUUGGUAGGGUACAUAGAGACUUGAUGUUCGAAUUCAAACAGGAAAAUAUCUAGCCCGUAACGGGGAUAAUAAUAAUAAUAAUAAUGAUAAUAAUAAUAACAUGUUUAAACAGGAUGACCCUCUGAGUUAUAAAAACUGCUAUCAAUAUGGGUCCUGUAUAAAAAUAAAUGAAUAAAUAGAUAAAAACUUAAUUAUAUACGAAACUGGGAUACAUUACAUAAUUAUAAUCAGUAAGAAAAGGUAGCCUCCUUAUGAACAAAAUAACAUACAAUCAUUAAAAAGGUUAGCCCCCUCAUAAAAAAGGCCCUCUUAGUCAACUCGAGAUUGACUUUAUCAAUAGAUAACCUAUCCUUAGGCCUAGUGUCAUAGUCAUGAAUAUCAUAAGUUCGCCGUUGAAAAUAAUCUGAGAAAUACCUUGGAGCUUGUCCAUCAAGACAAUUCUUGACAAGUUUAACGAUAUGUUUCUCUCUUCUCGUCUUAAGAGGGUCCCAACCAAGACUGGAAGCCAUAUCUUGAGUGGACAAAUGCACUGUUUUUAACACUAUCCUAGCAGCGCGACUCUGCAGGCGUUCCAAUUCUUCUUCAUUUCCUUUACCACAGCCUUGAAAAACAGCACAACAGUAUUCCAAAUUUGGUAGUAUCAUCAAUUUAUACAAUCGGUUUGAUGCUUCAGUUGUUAAUGAUGAUCUAAUUCUUGAGAACAUCCCCAGUGUUUUAGAAACUUUCUUCUUCACAUAGUCAGUAUGCAAAUUAAAGGAAAGACUGUUGUCCAAAACUACGCCUAGGUACUUAAAGGCAUCACGGUGUUUCACAGAUUCUCCUCCCAACAUUAUAUGACCCCCAUCGAUGUCUUGGCGACAUAGUCUCUGGUGGGUGCCAAAAACCAUGAACUCAGUCUUCUUUAAAUUUAGAAUCAGUUUAUUUGUAUCAGCCACUCAGACAGAUUAAUCAGUUCCAAAUUUAACUGUAACUCAAUUUUCAAUAUUAGUGGGGCUGAGAAAAAGAUAACUGUGUCAUCAGCAUACAUCAUAACUUAACAGACAUCAACACAGGAAGGAUGAUAAAGAUAACAAUAUAAUAACAUUUUUCAAGGCUUUUGUGUAGAAGUGGCUUUUAGUAGAACUGUUAUUGUGAAAUUUAAUAGUAAUGAAAUUUUAUGGUGUGGAAGGGAAUUGUCACACCACAAGCACCGAUUAUUGAUAUGCAUUGUUACAUACAUCUCCAGGUUAGAAAUUCUCUACCUUGGUGGAAACCAGUUGACAUCUGUUCCAGUCGAGCUUGGCAACCUGCGCAGACUGCGUGCCCUCAAUCUUUGCGACAACAAUAUCGAAUCUUUACCCUCGACACUUGUCAAACUGACACAUUUACAGUCCUUGAGUCUUCACAACAACAGACUCACCAUCCUGCCCGUUGCACUCAUAAAGCUCCGGAACCUGGAAGAAUUAAGCUUACGGGAAAAUCCUCUUGUUGUGCGUUUUGUCAGAGACAUGACUUUUAACCCUCCAUCAUUAUUAGAACUAAGUGGCCGAUGUAUCAAGAACAGUGGAGUGAAGUAUACUUCACAAGAUCUGCCAGUGCACUUACUGAAGUAUCUUAACAGUGCUCGACGCUGUGUGAACCCAUGCUGCAAGGGUGUAUAUUUUGAUGCUCGUGUGAGGCAUAUCAAAUUUGUGGAUUUUUGCGGCAAGUAUCGAUUGCCUCUUGAACAGUUUCUUUGUUCACCUCAUGCUGGUGAAAAAUGGGAAGAUUGCUCCUCCAGCAGUAGUGAAGACGAGGGCGUUAGUCCUGUACCACGUGAAAGACUGAGAAAGGUCCUUCUAGGGUAAUAAUACAAAUCUAAUGAAAAUUAAUAACAGUGUAGGAAAUCCAUACCUAUUUGAGAACGGCAAUGCAGACUAAACAUACAAAUGUAGUAAACGUGUUAUUAAUUAAUUAAUUUAUUUAACAACUACAGUACACUAUUUUUGUCAGUUAUUGACAGUCUUGAAUAAGAACAUGCUCCAUGUACUACUUAACUAAAUGGUCACUUAUGAUGUGCACUGGGUAUUCGUAAGACAAGAAUCUAUAAUAUUAUAUACUCAACCUCCUUUUAUUGCUAAAAAUGUGACCCUUUCAUGUAGGUUCAAGAAGAGACUGAGCUUAUAUAAGUAUAGUGGAGCCUGGAUUAAACUAAGAGCCAAGGGACUGACAAAAUUAUUUAAUAUGUUUGCAAUCAGGUGGUUUAGAUACAUCAUGGUUCUUGUAAACAUAGUUUUCUAUUACUAGGCAAAGAAUAUUAUUGCUAUACCAAGGGCGUCAUUUAAAAAAUUGACCUAAUAGGGGUAACACGAUUACUUGUUACACAGUAGUUUUUAUUUUAGCCACAAGUCAGGGCUUCUGAUAUUUCGCACAGUCACAGAGCCGCGAAAUUUAGUAGAAGUCUUAUCAAAUACAUGUCUGUACAACAUAUUUGAAACUUAUUUCAGCUAUCGGAGCUAUUAAGCCAUAAACUUGCAAAUUUAUUGUGGAACUGCGACGCUGAAACCCGUAAAACAAUGUCCCGAAACUCCCAGGUGCAGAUUAUGUUGUGAAAAACUGGGCACUAGCCCUGAUGUUAAAGGCUUUGUCAUUGGUUCAUUUCUGGAGCGUAUUGUUGUUGAAAGAGCAAAUGAUGACUUCCGUUAGAAAAAUGUUAAAAACGCUGGUCUGAUCAGCACAAAUAUCCGAUCGAUUUCUAGUGAGAUUUGCCUUGAAAAUAACCACAAAAUUGGCCGUUUUUCACUGAUUGCUUUUUGGUGAAGUUUGCCCUGAAAACUCCUGCGAAAUUCCCGUUAAACCGGCCAAUUUUUCUGCGAAUUUGUCCCUAAAAAUCCCAUGAAAUUGGACUUUUCCUUUCGCGACCUAUCAGAAGCCCUGACAAGUACAGAUACAUGUACAAAGAAACAUUUUACAAAAAAAUAUCAAGGAUGAGAAAUCCCACUUGGCCGAAGGCAAACCAGUUGGCUAUUUAUUUAUAAACGUGACCAAGGAGUAGAACUCAGAACUACCAAGAACAAACCCUGCUAGCGGUUUGAGUGGGGCCUAAAUUCGGGGCCUCCAGAUUACAAUUCUAGAGCUCUAGCCGCAUGGCCAUGCUUCCUCCUUUGUUAUUAAGAGGUUCCUUACAUCAAAGUUUGCUGUAUUUAGUACAGCUUUCAGCUUUCCAAGGCUCGAAAUUAACGCUCGCAAACUCGCAAAAUGCGAUUGAUUUUGAUAAUCUGCGAGUGAGAAAAAUGUCCUCUAGAAAAAGCUUGCGAGUUAGAAUCAUCCAUCUCUCCUAAACAAAGAGAGAAAAUUUGCUAGUGGUCUCACCAGUUUGCUAGUGGAAAAAAAUCUUACUAGCAAAACUUUGCAAGUGCACUAAAUAGUUAACUUCGAGCCCUGCCUUCUGGAAAAGAGUGCUGACGAUCAUAGAGAAAUUUCAGGGAUUAAUAAGGAUUAUUAUUACAGCUCAUAACAAGGUCUGGAUCUGGCACUGUAUUGGCUGAAAGCAGCAAUAGAAAUCAGAGGUGUCCAGCUUUUUCAAUCUUGCUUAUAUAAGAUAGCUUUAUCUGAAUAGAAUUUGCCUCUAGCCUUGUAAUGAGUAAUUAGCUAUAUUUUGAGUAAUAUAUUCGAGAGAAGUACAUUUUAAUUUUUCAGAGUAAAUUUUAAUAGGUAAUUUGUGAUUAUGGUAAUUUAAUAUAGCUUUGACUUCAUCCCCAGAUUAUGAAGAUGUGAAAACAUAAUUAUGAAGGAGUUACUUAAUUCUGGUAGAGACAAUAGAGUAAUAAUUACUCUACAGAAUGAGAAUGUUAUUUGAUGGGAAAGCAUGCAUAAAUGGCUGCACAUUUUGCUGCUCUGUCAUUUGUCAAGGUGGAUUUUUAAAUUGCCACACCAUCUUCAUGUCCAUCUCAUUGUCUUUGAUAAGUCUGCAUAGUGUAACUCCACUGAUGAAGGGCCAGGCCUGAAACGUUUGGAGAGGAACUCAAAGCACAAGGUGGCAAUUUUGUUCAUUAUUUUUUUGUUGAACAUUCCCUUACUUACUUUACAAAGUGCCACGCAGCUUAUCAGAAUUUUUUUUUCCCGUUAUUUGCUUGAUCACUUACUGUACAGGUUACAGUUAUGUUGAGGCAUGGUUUAGACAUUGCAUCACUUCGGUUCAGUAUAGUCAUUUCUCCCAAAGAUGAAUACCUUUGGGACUGGCCCUAAGGAUGCAGGACUGUCUCUAAUUAUUGUGGCAAGGUGUAGGGGAACAUGAGCUAAUUUCUUAGGAAUGAAAAGAAAAAUAAAAUGAGCAGAUAAACU